GCACCCGGUGGGAAUCGAAUCCAUAACCUCCGGUCAGUUGAGUUGGCAGGUCUAACGCCUUACCAACCGAGCUAUCGUCCGACCCUAGAAUUUUGGUUGAUUGACCUUGAAAGAAGAAAGAAGAGGUUGUACGUGGCCCACGACAUUAACCAUAAAAUAUCUGGAGUUUUCAAUAUUAAAGAAUUUCUAAAACAUAUUUGAAAAGUUAAAAUAAAAUGCAGAUAUUGGAUAAUCUCAAUAGAUCUGAUCCUAUACUAGUGUUGGGAGACGAAGACGACAAGAAAUCUUUGGAAGGGAUCCUUGAAUCCUUUGUUUCUCCGUUAAUUUGUUCACUAGGUAGAUUAUUCAAUGUGCCAGAUAAUUCCAUCGUAAAUGCGGUGGUUUUAGUACCACCUCAAAAACUUUCUUCUGACAUAUUAAGAAAGCUGCACAGAGUUUUAAAACCUGAAGGGAAAUUAUUGAUCAAAAAGCUGACUUCUGAUUUAAACAACAUUGAAUUCGCUUUAACCACUAGCGGGUUUAUGAGUGUAACUAGUAAUGACUCCUUUGUUACAUGUAAAAAACCUAAAUUUGAAGUUGGAUCAUCUGCAAAAUUAAAUCUAAAACAAGCAGGCAGCAAUGUUUGGAAACUUGAUGCUAGUGAAGAUGAGGAUGACAUUAUUGAUGCGGAUGAGUUAUUGGAUGAAGAUGAUUUUAAAAAACCUGAAGAGUUCAGUUUAAGAGUGUGUGGGACAACUGGGAAACGUAAAGCUUGUAAGGAUUGUUCCUGUGGUCUAGCUGAUGAACUGCAAACUGAAUCCCAAGUGGGAAAAGUUGUAGAAACAUCUAAUGCCCAGAAAUCUUCUUGUGGAAAUUGCUAUUUGGGAGAUGCAUUCCGCUGCGCUUCAUGUCCGUACCUUGGUAUGCCUGCCUUCAAACCAGGAGAGAAAAUCCAGUUAUCCAAUAUAAUGCUUCAAAGUGAUAUAUAAUUUUUUUGGUGAUUAGGAAGUUUAGACAUAUUUUUUAAAUUAAAUUAUUACCGAGUCUGAU